AGAGGGAUGCUCUCGAGAGCACGGCCGGGGGUGGGUGGGCGACCUGGAAACGCCUCUCCCUCGGAGCUCUCCGGGAAAGGAAGGGCGUGCUGGAGAUGCCCUAGCCGAGAGCACAAGCAGCCGGCGGCGGCCUCGGGUCCCUCCGUCCUUCGGCCGACGUCCGCUUCCCACGGAGUAGUUCCCAGAUGGGGGCUUUCUCCCCGCGACUCGAUUCCACACUCACACACAAACACAGGCAUAGCUGGGGAUGGGAUUGCGGGGUUGGUUGGGGUACAACACUCGGCUCAGGGAAAGGGCUCUGCAUGAGACACGCGUUGGCCGUGUUCGCACAACACACUCCCUGAUCACAAACAGACUUCGCAAGUGGGUUCGCACAACAGGCAACAUGGCGCUCCGCUCCGUCCUGCUUCUGAGCUUCCUGCCGUCGGUUCUAGCGGGCGGCGGCUGUCCCCGCUGGUGCUCCUGCUCUAGGACGGCCCAGGUGGAGUGCUCGGGCGCUGAGGUCACAGAGAUGCCCGCGCCGCUGCCCGGCAAGGCCAUGAGCCUGCAGGUGGUCAACACACGCCUGGCCGCUCUGGGCCCCGCGGCCUUUGGCAACGCCUCGCAGCUGCUCGCCCUACGGAUGGAGAAGAACCUGCUGGAGCACCUCAGUCCCCGCGCCUUCUGGGACCUGGGGGCGCUGCGUUACCUGAGCCUGGCAAGCAACAGGCUGCAGGAGCUGCCGCCCGAAGUCUUCCGGCCGCUGGCCCGGCUGGAGGCACUGCUACUGUCGGGGAAUCAGCUGCGCCGCAUCCAGCCGGCCCACUUCACCGGCCUCAACGCGCUCAAGGAGCUGCAGCUGCACGGGAACCGCCUGCAGGCCGUGCCCCCGGGCGCCUUCGACCAGCUGCCCAACUUGGCCCGCCUCAACCUGGCCCGCAACCAGCUGGUGCGCCUGCCGCCCCGCCUCUUCACGCCCCUGGUGCGCCUGCAGGUGCUGCGUCUCUACGAGAACCAGCUGAGUGAGCUGGCGCCCCGCGCCUUCGGCGGCCUGGGCGACCUGCAGGAACUGGCCCUCUAUCAGAACCGGCUCCGCCAGCUCCCCUCCGGCCUCUUCGCCGGCCCACGCAGGCUGCAGAAGCUGCUGCUGUCCGGCAACCUCCUGGAGGUGCUGCCCGAAGGGCUCCUGCUGGGCCUGCCCGAGCUCUCGCGGCUCUCACUCUUUGGAAACGCCCUGCGCGAGCUGCGCCCAGGUACCUUCGGCCCGAUGCCGCAACUGCGAGAGCUCCGGCUAGCCGACAACCAGCUGGCCUCGCUGCCCGGCCGCGCCCUGGCCAACCUCACCGCGCUGCAGAUCCUAGUCCUGAGCAAGAACCGCCUCGCCUCGCUCGCAUCCGCUGCCUUCGCUGGUCUCCAGGGUCUCGAGGAGCUCGCCCUGCACUCCAACCAGCUGGCCACGCUGGACGGGGAGCUCUUGCGCGGCCUGACCUUGCUGCGGAACCUCUCCUUGCACAGCAACCAGCUAGCCACCUUGCCCGCGCGCCUCUUCCAGGGGACCCCGGGCCUGCGCGCCCUUCAGCUGCAGAACAACUCGCUGGAAGAGCUUCCGGCAGGCAUCUUCGACGGAUUGCCGGAGCUGCGGGACCUCCAACUGCACGACAACCCCUGGCAUUGCAACCCCGCCCUGCGGUCGCUCCGGCGCUGGCUGCGGGAGAACAGAUCCAGCCUUGGCCGAGAAAGCCGCCACCCCCGUUGCGCCUCUCCACCUUGGCAGCUGGGCCGGUCCCUGCUGGAGCCGGAGGCCACAACCUUCGGUCCCGGGACCUCCGCACUGCCGGAGGGCUGGGGAACCAUCUGGAGCCGCACGGAGGCCCCUUCGGAGAGCGAGCCGAUGCCGGAGACGCUGUCACCUGAACGCUGGCAGCCGCCGCUGGAUAGCGAAGCGGGCAGCGCAGAGGUCGCGCAUGAGUUCCUGGAGGAGCUCCCCGAAGCGGGGCGAGGGGGAGGCGGGAUUUGGGGCCUGACCCGCACCCAGACGGGGGUCGUAGUCACCUGCAUCGUGGUGGGCUCCGCCUUGCUCCUGGGGAUGGUGCUGGCAGCGGGCGUCUACGGCUCCAGUCGGAAGCGCUCUGUCCAGGCCAAAGCCUAGGUCUGCCAUGGGCCUGGCCCAGUUCGCGCCCUUUCUUCCAACACUCACGCCUUCACCUGCUCCACCACGCCGGCCCCUGCACGGGCUCAGCAGCAGCCUGCCGCACCACAGCUCUAGGCGCUCCUAGCCGACUUUUCUCCCUGGGAAUCUGUGCCCAGACGGACGCUGGUGCUCCUUCGCUCGGCGCUUCUUUGAGGCAGGUUGCGCACCUUCGGCUGAGGGACGCCCAGGGCCGGAUUCGCAGCAGGACGGCUAGCACGGCCGGGCGGUGCCCGGUCCCCGCACUGGGAAGUCGGGACAGUUUGAGACACUUAGGAAGAGGUGCCAAUCCGGGCCCGCUCUUUCUUUAUGCAGGCCGCAAAUCUCGGCUGUUCGAAGGGGCGGGACCCCCAUGCAAGCCCUCCCAUCUCCAAAAAGGCGCUUGACUCGUCGAUCCCAAGCGGUCGGAGCUUACGCAGGUCACCAUCGACCAAAGGCCGGCAAAGGGCUUCUGGGGCGGGCUGGGAUACCCCGGGGGUGGCGCGACUUGUACAUUUCAUAUAGAGGCACACAGAGGUCAGCAGGUUCCCUCUAGGGAGGAAGACGCCCUUCCCCCCACCCCCACCCCGAUUCCGGAAGCCCUGUG